UAGCCAGCGCCUUCAAGAUGAGGUAUGGAUUUGGGAGGUCUUCAUUCCCACAGAUGUCACAGAAGGCCAAGCUGACGUUAUUGCGCGCAAUUCCAGGGCUCCAGACUCCAAGUGGUUACCGCCGGCGCAACGGCAGGUCUGAUAUCGCGCUUCAUCAUCGCACCACUCGACGUUGUCAAGAUUCGCCUGCAGCUGCAAUCGCAUUCCCUCUUCGACCCGCUCAACCAUCAAGAGCCAUCAUCCCUGCGCGGCCCAUCUCCUCGCUUCAAGGGCACCAUCGCGACGGCCCGCCACAUCCUGCGGCAUGAGGGCAUAACCGGGUUCUGGAAGGGCAAUGUCACCGCCGAGCUGAUGUACAUCUCGUACGCCGCCAUCCAGUUCACCACCUACCGGUCUAUCACGCUUCUCCUGCACCGCAUCUUUGGCGACCGUACCAUCCCUAAGUCAGUCGAGAGCUUCGUCGCGGGAGCCGGGGCCGGCGCAACUGCUACCGCGUCUACGUACCCGCUCGACCUUCUGCGCACCCGCUUCGCCGCCCAGGGCACCAAUCGCGUCUACAGCUCGCUACGCCAGGCCGUGAGCAACAUCCGCCGCGAUGAGGGGGCCAAGGGCUUCUUCCGCGGUCUGGGACCCGGUCUCGCGCAGAUCGUACCCUUCAUGGGACUGUUCUUCGCUAUCUACGAGCAGCUGCGGCUACCGCUGGGAAAACUGGAUUUGCCAUUCGGCAGUGGGGAUGCUACGGCUGGGGUCGUCGCUAGUGUCGUGGCCAAGACAGGCGUCUUCCCGCUUGAUCUGGUGCGCAAGCGGAUUCAGGUGCAGGGCCCAACGAGGGAGAGUUAUGUGUAUAAGGAUAUUCCGCGGUACGAUUUGGGGGCUACCAAAGCUAUCAGGAUGAUUGUCGAGAGGGAGGGCGUGAGGGGGCUCUAUAGGGGGUUGACAGUGAGCUUGUUCAAGGCGGCGCCGGCGAGCGCGGUCACUAUAUGGACUUAUGAGCGGGUUUUGGGACUGCUGGUUGGGUCCACAGAAACAAAGGAAGCGUAGCAGGCAUAAGAGUCAUCGUGGAACAGAUGUAUCUAGGUAAUGAUGGUUGCGUUGGUGGGCUGGAUCGCGUGAUGCAUUUUCAUAUACCCAGAUAGACUCGUAGAUACUUAGCCCCAUACCUAUACAGAUGUUCUCGUAUAUUUUGAACGAGCG